AUCCAUGGCUCCUCACCUCAGCUGGCUUCCUCCUGAAUCCCCAACCCGUGGCUUCCCCCGUGAAACUCUAAUUCCGCCGUGGCCGUGGAAUAUAAUCCUUGACCAUCAUGGAGCCGCAUAACGCCUGGCUGUCGUUCGAUCACUAGUAGUAAGCACGGUGCAGAUGUUGUUUCUCGGAGUCCUCGCGCCAACUUGGCGCGAAAGCUAUAACUCACUCCACUUGAUGCCAGAACUAACGUGAAGGAAACCCCAGAAUUAGAAGAGCUGAGAGAUCCAAGCCUCUAGUAUUCAGACAUUUUGGGGCUGCAGCUUUUGUUUGUAUUGUUUCAGGCGUGAUCGGGUUUCCACUUUAAGUUUUCAAGCUGCCCGUCCCACCUUCUCGAAGGGUGUCUCCAGAUAAUACUCCUUCCAGGUUUAUUUUCCUGGUAUCGUACGCUCUAACUUCAACUUACAUUUCGCCCACAAACAAAAUACAUUCCCUCUCGUUCAUGCGCCAGGGAGACUUGAUAUUCUGACGUUUCAGCCUCCUUACUUAUUUGUGACGUUAGUCGUGCAACUAGCUCACGCGACCCGGAAUUCCUGCGAUUUUUAACUCCAGUUUCACAGGCGAAUGGCUCCUUGCGAUCAGCCGGCAACGUCAUCAAAUUCCGCGAGCAGUGUUUUCGGCAUGUCGGGGAUGAUCCAAAGCGGCUUGCCAAAUGCCACGUCAGCACCACCGCCGCCAUGCACGUCGACGUCUUCGGUUUCAACUGUCAUGAUCGUCGUCACGAUUGCGGGAUUCGUUACUAUUAUACUCGCUACAGUCCUCCUCGUGUACAUUUUACGCAAGCUCGGGUGGUUCUACCAGACAGCUCCUGAAGCUGCACGCGCCGCACGAUUGCGAGCUCUUCGCGAAGCCGCGAACGUCGCCAAGGGUCUGGAUCCAGCGGUCAUUCGCUCGUUUCCAGUUCACACCUUUCGCGACGAAUUCGUCAGUCGCGAGGUUACCACUGAAACGACCGGGUUGGCUUCACUUCGCAGUAUCAGCCGCGAAUUUUCACGAACGCUUAGCUCCUCUUCCCGUCAACUGAACAGAGAGCUUUCGCUUCCUCGCUGUCCGGCUCCUAGAGACGGAAGCAGCAACAGAGGCGGAUCUGCGAAAGAAAGAGCCUGCGAAACCGGUUCAGAGCGUGGCGAAUUCGUGGUAACCAUCGAGGGCGGCGGAAACCUGAACUUUUUGCUGAGCGGCGAUGACCCUCUGAAGCUUUCGCUGAACGGCGACGAUUUCGCCUCGGAGGCAAUCGCGGUGACGAAGACUGUUCCCUCUCUCGCUCCUCUCCCCCCUCUUCCCACCCAUCCCACUCUGACGUGGGCGAAUGUGCGCGAGUGUGCGGUGUGCCUGGGCGAGUACGCGGCGGGCGAGCGCAUCAAGGUGGUGCCGGCGUGCGCACACGGCUUCCACGCAGACUGCAUCGACCUCUGGCUCGCCGCCAAAACCACCUGCCCCAUCUGCCGAACGGACCUUAAGCCCAAAGCACCCCGGGAAGGUGCUGGUACACCAGACGGAUCAGACGGAUCGGUAACUGACAGAACGGGAUCAGCGGCGUCAGCAGCAGCAGCGGCAGCAGCGGACGCGGGGGGCGAGGGAUGCUGCAUAAGCAGCCGCAGGACAACCGGGACCCGUCAGCUGCAGAUGAUGAUGAUGAUGAUGAUGAUGACGACGACGACGACGACGACGACGACGACGACGAGGAUGAUGAUGAUGAUGAUGAUGAUGAUGAUGAUGAUGAUGAUGAUGAUGAUGAUGAUGAUGAUGAUGAUGAUGAUGAUGAUGAUGAUGAUGAUGAUGAUGAUGAUGAUGAUGAUGAUGAUGAUGAUGAUGAUGAUGAUGAUGAUGAUGAUGAUGAUGAUGAUGAUGAUGAUGAUGAUGAUGAUGAUGAUGAUGAUGAUGAUGAUGAUGAUGAUGAUGAUGAUGAUGAUGAUGAUGAUGAUGAUGAUGAUGAUGAUGAUGAUGAUGAUGAUGAUGAUGAUGAUGAUGAUGAUGAUGAUGAUGAUGAAUGAUGAUGAUGAUGAUGAUGAUGAUGAUGAUGAUGAUGAUGAUGAUGAUGAUGAUGAUGAUGAUGAUGAUGAUGAUGAUGAUGAUGAUGAUGAUGAUGAUGAUGAUGAUGAUGAUGAUGAUGAUGAUGAUGAUGAUGAUGAUGAUGAUGAUGAUGAUGAUGAUGAUGAUGAUGAUGAUGAUGAUGAUGAUGAUGAUGAUGAUGAUGAUGAUGAUGAUGAUGAUGAUGAUAUUGGGAUGAUGAAAAGGGGGAAGCAAGCAAGGUCUGCAAGCAAAGCAGACAUCGCAUGGCGAAAGGUCUGCAGGGCACGGACUGCCGACUGCUGCUGCUGCUGCAAGCAGUGCUAACAAUUGACUCUGCUGCUGCUGCGGCUGGUCUCCCCCUGCUGAGCUGAGGCUUCCUGGCAGAAGCAACAAUCAAGAAUAAAUGGAUGGGUCAUGUUCAGAACGACGGCCAUAGGUGCUGAUGCGACAUACCUAAUCACUGAAAGCUAAUCAACGAGGUUAACCACUAUAGUACUGAUUUCGGGACGACUGGUUUGGGAAGGUGUCUAUCGGGUGGGGGGCGGUAAGGUGUGAGUGUUUGCUACAUUAUCAUUGAUAUGUGGCUCUAAUCUGCACAACAUGAUGUUACUGCCUUUGUUGGUUGUAUCUUCCACUCCUCUAAAUGACAAA